AUGGCGGCAGGCGUAGCAGCAUGGUUGCCCUUUGCCAGGGCAGCUGCCAUAGGAUGGAUGCCAGUGGCCAACUGCCCUAUGCCAUUGGCCCCAACUGAGAAAAACAAGAGGCAGGAUGAGCUGAUCAUUCUGAAUGUGAGUGGGAGGCGCUUCCAGACCUGGAGGACUACACUGGAGAGGUACCCGGACACGCUCCUGGGCAGCACAGAAAAGGAGUUCUUCUUCAAUGAAGACACCAAGGAAUACUUUUUUGACCGGGACCCUGAAGUCUUUAGGUGCAUUUUAAACUUUUACAGAACUGGCAAGCUGCAUUACCCAAGGUAUGAGUGCAUCUCUGCCUAUGACGAGGAGCUUGCCUUCUAUGGGAUCCUACCUGAAAUCAUUGGGGACUGCUGCUAUGAAGAGUACAAAGACAGGAAGCGGGAAAACGCUGAGCGGCUGAUGGAUGACAAUGACUCAGAGAACAACCAAGAAGGGUCCAUGCCGUCUUUGAACCUCCGGCAGACCAUGUGGCGAGCCUUCGAAAACCCCCACACCAGCACCUUAGCCUUAGUGUUCUACUACGUCACUGGCUUCUUUAUUGCGGUCUCAGUGAUCACUAACGUGGUGGAAACUGUUCCAUGUGGCACAGUGCCUGGGAACAAGGAGCUUCCAUGUGGGGAGAGGUACGCCGUGGCUUUCUUCUGCUUGGACACAGCUUGCGUUAUGAUUUUCACUGUUGAGUACCUUAUGAGGCUCUUUGCAGCCCCGAGUCGCUACAGGUUCAUGAGGAGUGUCAUGAGCAUCAUCGAUGUGGUGGCCAUCAUGCCCUAUUACAUUGGCUUGGUGAUGACCAACAAUGAGGACGUCAGCGGAGCCUUUGUAACACUAAGGGUUUUCAGGGUUUUCAGGAUUUUCAAGUUCUCACGCCAUUCCCAAGGCUUAAGAAUCCUGGGCUACACGCUGAAGAGCUGUGCCUCGGAGCUUGGCUUUCUUCUCUUUUCCCUCACUAUGGCAAUCAUCAUCUUUGCUACUGUGAUGUUUUAUGCAGAGAAAGGGUCUUCAGCCAGCAAAUUCACCAGCAUACCAGCUUCUUUUUGGUACACUAUUGUAACCAUGACAACCCUUGGUUAUGGUGACAUGGUGCCCAAGACGAUUGCUGGAAAGAUAUUUGGCUCCAUUUGCUCGCUGAGCGGAGUGCUGGUCAUUGCUCUGCCUGUCCCAGUUAUUGUUUCCAAUUUCAGCCGAAUUUAUCAUCAGAAUCAGAGAGCUGACAAGCGAAGAGCACAAAAGAAAGCCCGGCUGGCACGGAUACGAGUGGCCAAAACAGGCAGUUCCAGUGCUUAUCUUCACAGCAAACGCAACGGCCUGCUGAACGCAGCCUUGGAGCUGACGGGAUCUAGUGAUGAUGAGCAGCACAUCAGCAAAUCCACCUCGCUGAUCGAAAGCCAACAUCACCACCUGCUGCACUGCCUGGAAAAAACAACUGGAUUGUCCUAUCUUGUGGAUGAUCCCCUGUUAUCUGUACGAACUUCCACCAUCAAGAACCAUGAGUUCAUAGAUGAGCAGCUGUUUGAGCAGAACUGCAUGGAUAACUCAAUGCAGAAUUACCCCUCCACUCGCAGCCCCUCAUUGUCGAGUAACAAUGGCGGGUCCACCUCCUGUUGUUCUCGACGCAACAAGAAGACGACUCAUCUUCCCAACUCCAACGUGCCAGCCACUCGCCUGCGGAGCAUGCAGGAGCUAAGCACGAUACACAUCCAAUGCAGCGAACAGCCAUCACUUACAACAAGUCGUUCCAGUCUCAAUAUGAAAUCAGACGACGGGCUGAGACCGAACUGCAAAACCUCCCACCUCACGACAGCCAUCAUCACUAUUCCUACCCCACCGGCACUGACACCAGAAGGAGAGAGCAGCCCUCACCCCACUACGAACAUUUCCACCACAUGCAGCAACAUAGUCAAGGUCUCUGCCUUGUAA